AUGACAGGAGUGUCAUGCACGUCCCAACGUGCAUCACGCGCUGCUCGACGCGAGUUGGGGGCGCGCCAAGAACCAAGGCAGGGGGAGGAGGCGGGCUCGGGGCAUGCGGGAAGUGUGACGGGGGAACUUGGGGCAUUGGGGGACGAGGCGGUAGCGGCUGGAAGGGUAGGGGAAAACGCCGCAGUGGGGACUGUGCUGGGGGUCGUUGUGGUGCCCAGGAGGGCGGCUGGAUUGGUGCUUGAGGGAGCUGCUGCUGCUGCUGCGACUGCAGCUGAGACGGUGGCGGACCCUGUGUUUGCCGGCGGUUCUCCCGCUGCCGUUGGCGGCGGCUCAACUUCACACGCUGCCGCCCCACGGGCGGCACAGAAGGAGGCGGCGGAGCCAAGCCCGGGCGUGGAUCAGGAUCAGACCGCGGAGGCGGUGUUGUCGGCGUCACCGGCGCCGGUAACGGCGGCUGUGCUGGCGGCAGUGGUGUCUGCUGCGGCUGGGGAGCAGGGCGCAGCCCCGUCGGAGGUUGACGCGAUACCUGUCGCUGCGAACGCCGGAACGCGUGUACUUGCCGCGGCCGCAAACAGGCAGGAGCGCGGCCAGACGGAGGGUGAGUUUCUGGGACCUGCGAACGGAGCCUCUGCCGGCGCUGCACGGGCGGGCAACCGCCAUCUGAGCGAGCGCAUCGGUCGUCAUCGACCAGAGGCGGGGGCAGCACCAACGAAUGAGGAGGACGCAGCGGGCUCUGAGGACAACGGUGGCGACCCAGAAUUUAUGUGUGGGGACGAAGCUGAAUCUGAGGAGGUGUCCCUGGAGGAGGAAACUGGGUUGGACAGGAAUGCACCCAACACACGGGGAAGAGGGUCGAGGGGGGAUGGGCAGAACCAACAAGCUGUGGGAGAUACAGGUGGAGCAACGGAUGCGACAGAUGUCUUCUCGCCUACGGAAAUGGCGAAGGACGAGGCCAUCUGGCAAGAAGCUGGGGGUUGGGAUAUGCAGCAACUGCAACGUAGUGACCAGCCCUUCCUUGUCCGCCGCCUACCUCCACAAAUCCUAGACAAAUACAGCCUCUGUCUGCUGGCGCCACUUCUGAGGCUGGAGAAGUUCCCCUCGUGCCUAGGCACCCGCGGCAUACCUGGCUUCAGUCACGGCGGCACACAUCCUACUGAGGCAGCUGAACCUGCCAACGGACUGCCUCCUGAGCCGGGCGACACAGCUCCUCUCCCACGAGUGGGCCCCACUGCCACCUGA